CCAGGCUCCCGCCCCGUCCCCGCCGGGUGGGUUGCGGGGCGCGGCGCCUUGAGACCGGGCGGCGGGUCCGGCGGCCGUCGGAAGCUGCCCGCCGAGGGGCUGACGAGGGCCGCGGGCGCGGGGCUCCGGCGGCCGCUGAUGGGAGGCGGCCUCCGGGAGAGCAAGCGACGGCGCCGCAGCCACCAUGGGGAACAAGCAGACCAUCUUCACCGAAGAGCAGCUGGACAACUACCAGAUACCAGUUAGAUGCUUCACCCUGCCCCAUCCCCAGUCUGUGUGCCUGGAACUCUCAGCCUCUGACCAUGGGGCUUCUGCCUGCGACCACUCAGGACACACCACCCAUGACGCCACGAGGCACCAUUCUUAGGGCCUGCAGCAUGGACCGUGCCCCCUGCCGCUGGGCAAUGCGGUGACCCUGACUGCACCUUCUUCAAUAAGAAGGACAUCCUCAAGCUCCACGCGCGCUUCUAUGAGCUGGCUCCCAACAUCGUCCCGAUGGACUACAGGAAGAGCCCCAUCGUCCACGUGCCCAUGAGCGUCAUCAUCCAGAUGCCGGAGCUCCGGGAGAAUCCCUUCAAGGAAAGGAUUGUGGAGUCUUUUUCUGAGGAUGGCGACGGGAACCUCACCUUCAACGACUUUGUCGACAUGUUUUCUGUGCUCUGUGAGUCGGCUCCCCGCGACCUCAAAGCAAACUACGCCUUCAAGAUCUACGACUUCAACACCGACAACUUCAUCUGCAAGGAGGACCUGGAGCUGACGCUGGCCCGGCUCACCAAGUCGGAGCUGGAUGAGGACGAGGUGGUGCUCGUGUGCGACAAGGUCAUUGAGGAGGCCGAUCUGGACGGUGACGGCAAGCUGGGCUUCUCCGACUUCGAGGACAUGAUCGCCAAGGCCCCCGACUUCCUCAGGUGCCCUCCCAAGGGGCUGGCGUGGGCAGGGCAGGCCUGAAUGGGGCCGCAGCCAGGAGACCCCUUGGGGCUGAGGCACCGUUACUGCUCCCGAGAGCAGUGGUCCCGGCAGGCUCUGUGUGGGCCAGGAGGCAGGUCACGUUCCAGGCCGAGCUGCCCUCAGUGUGUGACUGGGAAGUCCUCUGUCCCCAGCAGGGCCAGUCUCUGGUGAGGGAUAGAGACUGGGGGCCCUUUGGUUAUGUCGGGGGUUGGAUGCCCUGGGCACAGCUGGUCCUCCAGGCCUUCCUUCCCUCUGCACCCUCCUGGAGGAACUGUCCAGGGUUGGGUGCAGGGCCUGGUUGGCUUUCUGCUGAGGACCUUUACCCACCCAGUCCAGAGCCUCUCAGCCCCUCUUGCUCUUUCUCUUUCCAGCACUUUCCAUGUCCGGAUCUGAGGACAGUGCCGAGGUUACAGGGGCCAGAAGCCGACCACCCAGCUCUGCUGCCUACACGAGUGUGACCUCCAGGCUCCUCAGGAGAGGAGCUGUGGCCUCUGGGGUUUACACCCCCGCACAUUUCCUUGGCCCUUUCAGCAAAAAAUCCUUAACCAGGGAAGGGGGGAUGUGAGGGGCAGGGCCUUUCCCAGUCCCCCUGUGGUCCCUCCACAGGUCUUCCUUCUAUCCCCCCAACCUUCCCCACACCCUGGUCCUCUCCCCAUCAGAAAUGGCCCUACUGGGAGGGGAAGACAGAACCCCUAAUAGGGCAGGGGUGCUGACUUGUCCAAGUGCUGGGCAGGCACCCUGGUUGCCCAGGGCAAAGUGAAAAAAAAAAGGACAAGGUUUAACGAGCUAUGCAAUCUUUCUCCAAAACCCACAGCUGGGCUACACCCGACCCCGCCUGUUCCUUCUCCCCUGACCCUUCCCAAUGUGAAGCUGUGUGAACAGUGGGUCCAAGGGCUCUGUCCCUGUCUCUGUCCAGGACCUGAACACCACCCCAUCUGCCUUCCCCAGUGAUGUGGAAUCCUCACUGGUGUGUGCUGUCCACAGAUUUGUGAACUCCUCGUACAGUAAAACACUUUCAUGUC